AUGUCUUUCUAUGGGAUCGCAGGUAGUGGUUAUGAUCGAUUCGAUAUAAAAGAGGGCGUAGUGUGUAUUUUUCGUUGGGGAUUUCCUGGAAAAAAUCGUCGCAUAUUCCUCCGAUUCCUUAUGAAAGACAUUCAGUCCAUCAGAAUAGAAAUUAAAGAAGGUAUUUAUGCUCGUCGUGUCCUUUAUAUGGAAAUCAAAGGCCAGGGGGCCAUUCCCUUGACUCGUACUGAUGAGAAUUUGACUCCACGAGAAAUUGAGCAAAAAGCUGCUGAAUUGGCCUAUUUCUUGCGUGUACCAAUUGAAGUAUUUUGA